CAGCCUAACUGGUAAGACAACUGAAUGUGGUGCCCGGACAAGCGUGAAUUCUAAACUUGUGCUUUCGAGCAUGGAGUCUUUGCGGCACUUGAAGAACGUUUCGGCCGAAAGGAAUAAACUUUGCUCCAUAAAAGCUGGCAAGAGGACACCUGAUCUCUCUAGCAUUAAAACUUCAAGGAUUACAGAGGCAAACAAAGUUCUAUCAAGUUCUAUAAGUCGGAGAGAAAUUAACUCCUUGGAAAAGUCAGAGAAAAAAAUGAAGGUACAGGGAAAUGUAGCAUUGAAGACUGAGCAUUGUGUUGACAGUACUGAGAAACAAAUGUCUCAGAGCCCAUCCUUGAAAAGGAAAACAUUUGAGGCAUCAAAUGCAGAUUCAGUGUACCUAAAGCCUCUAAAACGCCUCUCUGCAUCACCUAGUGAAAGCAGUAAUUCAAAAUUACCUUUGGAAAGUGUCCUUGAAGAACAGGUUUGCAUUCAUGGGAUUCAGGCAGAGAGUAGUGCCAAGCAUGUCUUUACUGACCACCGGACCUCUGGACUUGAACGUGCUCGAGAGGUGAACAUGAUGGACUUGGAAAUUCCUUUAGCUAUGGAGAAUGAUGGAAAUGUUGAGAAGGCUGAGGCAUAUACGAAGGAUCUUGAUGAUAUUUGCAACAUGCUGAGAAAGAAGCAUGAGGAAGCCAAAGAAAUAUUAGUUCGAGCUAUUGUCAACAAUAACAAUUUGCUGAUGCUUAACCAUCCCAUCUAUGACGAGAAGAUCCGUAAGAUUCAGAGUUUCGCUUCCCAACUGAUGUCCAAGGAGCUUCCAGCAUGAUUAGUGAGUGGCAGCAACAGUUUUCAUAUUAAGGGAAAGGCUAGAUGUUCUCUUUCAUCAUGGCUAAGUGGUGACGGCACGGUUAGACACUCACGUGUGAUGCUUCAUAGGUUGAAUUGGAUUUAUCAUUUGAACUGCCUACUUGCAAAUAUUCUCAAGCUGAUUUCUUGUCAGCUCAUGCAUGAGCAAUAUCAUUUCUGAUAAAUAAAUAAGGCUAAUUGUUAGUAAACACAUUGUUGCACACACUGUACACAAAUUAUUUCUUGAACUGAAAUUGUGUUUUGAAGUCAAGAUUUGAGUUUUAAAAAUUUUGAAUUGAAAUCAUGACUUCAAGACACGUUUUCAGUUCAAAAACUGAAUUGUGUGUAUUUUUUGUGUAAUAGAGCAGUGUGUAAUAAAUACUGCCCAAUAGAUAAUAACCAUGAUUUGAAUGCUUACAAGGUACCUAUUCUUUGUC